CGACUCAAAAAUUGAACUGCGCUGACUCUCAAGAUGCGCUUCUUGUAGAAAUCCUGAAGGGAGGCUUCGAUCUUGUCGGUAGAUUUCGUAUUUGCGAGAUUUUCAGUAAGGACAUACGCAUCUUCAAUGGCUUGGCAUCCUCCUCUGUUAUCAACAAAACAAAGGAGCACGGAAGUCAGAGUUAGUUUGACAGACUCCUCGGAUACCAUAACUCAUUUCAAGCUAUGAAAAACGGUAGAUCAUACUUACUGUCCCAAAUUAGGCAUCAUAGCGUGAAUUGCAUCCCCCAUGAGGACGACGUUACCAUCGGCCCAACUUCGGAAGAAUUCAGGUGCUCUGUCGUAAAGGUCACGUUGCUCCACAGAAUCAGGUGGCGUUGCGUCGAGAACAGUCAUAAUUUCGUCAGACCACCCUUCGUGCAGAGAUUUGAUGUACUCAACCAAAUUUUCCUCGGGAUCCGCCUGAUCUUCUCUCUCUGUACCACCCCAUCCGGAAGGCGCUUUUUUGGUGCCCGGUGGUAACGCAAAAAAGGCGUACCAUUGAAUUCGCCCAUCUCCAACAUCAGAGGUUACAAAAUAACGCUGUGGGCCAAUGUAAACCUUGUAUCCAGUUUCGUAGUAAUCGGGAGUUUUGAGAACUGUCUCUCCUGCGAACACAGUGUAUCCCGAAUAGUCACAUCCUUGGCGCUUCUUUUUGUUUUUGCUCAAAGAUUUCACUCCGCCCUCGUUGUACAUCUGAUUUCGUACUGCACUCCAGAUACCAUCACACCCCACCAAAACGUCAGCUUCAGCGGUACUUCCGUCGUCCAAAUUGAUGGAAACUCCACUUCCCUUCGGAAGAUUCUCAUAUCCAACAACCGGAUUUCCGUUUUGAAUGAAAUCAGGCUUAAUUU